AUGGAUACCGAUCGGACUUCGCCGGAGAAACAGCAAACGUCCCUCUCAAAUCUCGAGUCUUUUGAUACUGGAGACAGAAGAUCAGAGGUGAUCGAGGUCGCGCCAAUCGCCGAAUCCCGAUGGCAAUAUCUCCGCCGCCACUUCACCAGCUGGGAAGGUUGGAUUGGAAAUUAUGAUUAUCUGUAUCUGAUCACCCCGAACAUAUGGCCACUCAACAAGCGAUACAAGGAUUUUGAAACCCCAUUCUACGGACUCAAUGACGAAGUGCCUAUUUUUUUAACGAUAAUCCUCGGCCUGCAACAUGCACUGACUAUGAUCGGAUCUGUUGUCUCACCACCUUUGGCUAUUGCAAGCGGCGCCUUCUACCUCGACGCAGAACUAUCACAAUACCUUGUCUCGGCGGCCUUCAUAACCACCGGGAUUGCCACGGCGCUGCAGGUGACCCGAGUACAUUUGACAAAAACGCCAUUCUACAUUGGAACAGGGCUUUUGUCCGUUGUUGGGCCGACAUUUGAUGUGCUAGCCAUUGCAUUCAGCUACAGUGAGAUGCGCUACGCGAAGGGGACGUGCCCUACCUCGUCGGAUGGGUCUAAACUUCCGUGCCCCGAAGCUUGGGGUGCAAUGCUCGGCACAAUGUUAUGCACAGUCUGGAUUCAGAUCCUGAUAUCUUUUGUACCACCUAAGGUACUGAAUCGGAUUUUUCCGAAGGUCGUCACAGGGACUCUUCUGCUGCUUGUGGGGGUCUACUUGAUACACAGCGGUAUGGAAAACUGGGGAGGAAGCUCGAACUGCGAUGGCGGGUCAGGUUAUUAUGCUCUCUGUCCCGACAUCGCAGCCCCUAAGCCACUACCUUGGGGCGACCCAAAACUUAUUGGCUUGGGAUUCAGCGUGUUCGUAACCAUUAUUUUUGUGGAACUCUUUGGAUCUCCCCUCAUGCGAUCUGCAUCGGUCAUAUUUGGUCUAGCCAUGGGAUGUAUCAUCUCGGGGGCGACAGGAUACUGGUCUCGCGACAACAUCGACGCAGCUCCAGCGGUAACAUUCCUUUGGGUUGAAACCUUCAAACUAUCGGUGGAUGGAGCGCUUGUACUCCCGCUGCUGAUUAUGUUUAUCUGUGAGGGUGUCAGUUGUAUGCCAGACAUUCUGGCCACUUCAGAAAUAUCUGGAGUUGACAUUGAUGGAACCGAGUUUAACAGCCGAAUUCAGGGUGGCAUACUGUGUGACGGAAUCGGGAGUCUAAUCAGCGCUUUGGGAACUGGGAUGCCCAUGGUGAGCCAGGCAGGAAACAAUGGUGUGAUCUCACUUACUGGGUGUGCGAGCCGUCGAGCUGGAUGGUGCGCAGCCGCUUUCCUAGUUCUAAUGGGAAUCUUUGGCAAAUUUGGUGCAGUAUUCGGCUCCAUGCCGCCAUCUGUACUCGGUGGCAUGCAGGUAUUUCUAUACAGCACCAUCGCGGUCACCGGUAUCCGGGUAUUGGGUCUGGUGGAGUUUACCAGACGCAACAGAUUUAUUCUGACUGCAGCCUUGGGUAUUGGGUUUGUAGACAUUGUGUCACCCAGCUGGUUCAGCCAGAUUCUGAACUACAGCGGAUCAAAUGUGCGACUCGAGGGGCUCGAGCAGGGCAUCAACCUUAUUGUGGAGACCCCAUUUAUCGUUUCCGCGGUGAUCGGUGUUUUCUUGAACGCAGUUAUCCCAGAGGACGGCACGAAGAAGAGCAAUAGUUCAGUUAACUUUCAAGAGCGCACGCUUCCUUCGUGA